CCGGUGAAACUCUCAACGGGUGAGCACGUUGCAUCGUGUUAGUCCGGGGAAAAUUCGAGUAUUUCGCAAGAAAGAAAGGAUUUUCAGCCGUACUUUGACGAUUCGACGCAGCCACACAGCGAGAUUUUCGCUUGUAGUCAAGUGAAAAGAAAGUCCACUGGACUAUAAACGAAAAUUAACUGGCAAUAUAGCCUUAGUUGCUGUGCCAUCAAUUCGGCGUCAUCUCAAGUGAGGUGACGCCAACCAGAAAGGAAGAAGAAGAAGUCUAUACUCGUUACCUAAUUCUUACUGAAAUAAUAUCAGAACCUACAACUAGUUUAGUGCAAUGAAGCUUAUUAAACCGUCAAUAAGAUGCUACGGCAGCACACCAUUACUAAACCAUCUGGGUCCUACGCUACUGUCCAGUAAAGCCGAUCAACGAAGAGUGAUCGAGAAUAUGCAAGCUAUGCCAAAGAUUCGUAUAAAUCCAAAGCCACCGGAAAAGCACGCUGCAGUAUUGAUUCCGCUGUGUUUGGUUGACGGGCAGGUCAGCCUACUCUACACACUUCGAUCGGCAAAGCUGAGCAACCAUCGGGGGCAGGUGUCGUUUCCAGGCGGAAUCCGAGAUCCGGGAGAUGCGAAUUCCGAAACCUGUGCAGUUCGUGAGACCGAAGAAGAAACCGGCAUUCCCCGAACGAAAAUCGACGUUUGGGGCUGCGGUAAUGUGUUGAUUCCUUAUUACGGUCCGGCGAUUACCCCUGUCGUUGGUACCAUCACCGGCUACAGUUCGGAAAUGUUGGUACCCAAUCCGGACGAGGUGCAAAAAGUAUUCACGGUACCGAUCGAGACCUUGCUGGUGGAUGGCAAUCGGAAACAUACCCAGUUCAGAGCCGGCUUUACGAUUCCGGUUUAUUUGGGGGGAGAGGAAAUCAUCUGGGGUAUGACAGGAAUCAUAACGCAUCUGUUUCUUUCGGCACUGCUUCCCAAGCAGGUCUACUCGAGGAGAAUACCGUUUCUGAAAAAAUACAGCAGUUGAUGAAGCGUGAAUGUCGAUAAAGUAGGUGAUUUUUCAAUUUAUGUGGAUGUAGGUUUGAUGGAUCCAAGUAGCCUGUUUCUUUCACGACAAAGCCGAUGGUUCUGAUUAUGACAGUUCAUCUAGAGUUUGAAAUAUUGCAACCGAAAUAGUUCUAGAAAGGAACAAAGCUAAAAAAUUAUAAAACCUUUGCUUUGUUUUGAAAACGCAAUAAUCAGAAGAGCUGCCUGAAUUCGUAGAUAAUUUUAAUGAAAUAUGUUAGUAAUAGACACAAAUAUGCUAGGGUUAUUGUACUAAUUGCUUAAGUUUGAAAUGUUGUUUUUUUAUCCAAAAUAAUCGAAUAUUCUAGAAUGAUGACGAACACAUUUUUUGACAAUUGCUGGAUACCGUCUCAAAAGAAAUCUCCUCUGUUCAUAGAUAUUCAUUUUUUAGCCAUAUUCCUACAUCCUCGAAAAUUUAGAAAUGUUGCUCAAUCAGUACGAGUCCCGUUGAUGAAAAGAGGUGAUAAUUAGAAGGUGGUAGAUCUGUUGAAAAUAGUGGGAGCGGUAGAAGUUCCCAAUAAAUGCAGAAAUGGUUUCUAAAACCACUUUGGCUAAAUGAAGAAAGAGCUUUUUCAUGCUUCAGACUGACUACCGUGUCAUUGAGUCCAUUCUAGCCAUUUUUUCAAUUAAUUCGUUGUUCAAAUUGAUCAUUUGUUGACGGUAGCGGACGAUUUUAACUGCUUUGCCGGAUUCUAGAAUCCGGGAUUCCGCACACACAGCAUUGUCUUUUUCUCAAAACAAUUCGAUUUUGUACUCAAUGUUGAACGUUGUCUUUACCUACGAUUUAUUGCGGAUUCUGAAAGCAUAUUCAUUUUUCGUCGUCAAUACCAAUCAAUACCUCUUCGAUACCAACAAAAAAAUCUUUCGUUGCUUAAAAAGACCAUUUCGCUUUUCCAUCUGCCGUUCGUUUAGAUCGUGUGAAACCCAUUUACCGACCUUUCGAUUUAUCCUAUUGCUCUCAGAUGAUCGGGAACGGUUUGCAGAGUGACAUUUAAGCAAUGUGAUAGAAACAGAUGGGGAAAUGAAGAAGUAUUUGUAAAACGAAUCUAACGCUUAACGAAUUUGUGAAAUCAAUUCAAUUCAGAAGCUUGAAAAUUAGUGGGCUAUUGAUUGGCACUUCAACUGAAUAUCAAGAUAAGUAAUCCUUGAGAAAAAAAAACAUAAUAUAGGACAGCUAAGACAGGAAAUCAAUUAUCGGAAAUAUAUUUUAACUUUGAAGCAAGAAGUAUUUUUAAUAAUCAAUUGUAAUGAAGACAAUAUUAAUAGUACAACUUACUUGACAUUGGGCUUAAAACACUUACUUCCUUGUAAUUCAACAGAUAGUGAAAGGUAGAUAAUGAAUAAAAUAGUGGGAGUUAUUAAAUUACAUCCAAAGGUAUGCCAACAACGAAAUAUUCAGCUGUUUCCUCAAUUUGAACACAGAACAUAAAUAUUAUUCCGAUCUUUGCAGACCUUCCAGAAAAGUUUGAUUUCAUUUUUUCCGCUCAAAAGCUGAGAUCGAAUAUGUAUUUGACUACAUUGGUCGUAGCCUUAUGAAGGCUUUUUCAACAAUCAUUAAACGAUCGGAAGAAAUUCUAAAAAGUAAUGUAACCAAUAAAAUGGAUAGGUUUUCCAAAACUAUCUACAUAACAUCAAAAAUGGUGAUUCUGAAUCCAUUGGGUUUAUAAAUCCUAGAGAGAUGACCGUGUCAAAAAACAAAUCCCGCAGCUCUAAAAGGAUAAAUAUAUAUUAGGAUAAGACGUAUGUACAAAAUGCGAGAAAAGAAAAGUUCAAACGUACAAAAUUUAGCAGAAUACCAAGAGAAAUUCAGCUAAAAUAUGUGAACAUACAACACAGAAAAUGAGAGAUUUCACGAUUCUACCCGCCACAAACUUUCAUUUUUUAUGCUUUGUGUUGCUAGCAAUCUUCUUCAGAUUUCAACUUUUAACCCAUUAUGUCCUAGCGUAUGACAUAUCAUACGCAGAAAUAUAUAUUUUUCAAAAAAUGUUUACUGUGACACUGCACUACCUAACAGCUUCACGAUAACAAAAACAGAUAAACUACACUACGCAACUUCUUUGGGUGUUAAAUCUGCUGUUAGUUUUUAAAAAUUCAAUUGUAUUUUGAUCCUUGACCUUUGACCUACUAACGACUAGAAAUGGUAGUGCAAAAGUAAGUUAUAUAUUGCUUUGUAUUUUUUGGUCAAAUUAUGCGCUAAUACUUAUAAAAAGGUUAUAUCUAUAAAAAAAAUCCCAAAUAAUGUGUAAAAUUUGAUGCUAACAUUUGUGUGUAUGAUAUAUCAUACGGUGGCAUAAUUUCGUUUAGAAAAGAUUUAUAACAGUGGUUUUGCGUUUCCCAUAAUCUUCAACACAUAAUAUGAUGUAACUGAUGAUAUCAGUUCAUUUGAUUCAAAUUUUAAAACCCCCGGGUUAUAAUGGGUUAAUUACAUUUGAAUCGGGAUUACCGGAUAUACAGAUUUUUCAGUAUUUUACUGAUGAAAUUUACUUAAUUUUAUACGGAUUUUGAAAAAAAUACUGAUUUUCAAGAUGGUCGAGUUUUACACCAUUAUAAGUAAUAAAGGGUGAUUUUUCUACAGGUAUCUUUUUGGCAACACUGUUUUUGACAGAACACGCGUGGAUCGUCUCUUGUGUCAUUGUCAAACUUGUUCAGUUUGGUCUAUCAUUUAAUCAUGAAUCGUCGUUUGGUCUAUAACUUAAUCAUGAAUAAGUGCUGGCAAAGUUGAAGGAAGAUCCACUUUUUUAUCGAAAAAUUAUGUUCAGCGACGAAGCGACGCAACAUUGCCGCAUCUGGAGUGAAGACCAGUCCGAUGUAAAGAGUGUAUCGAAAAUAAGCUAUCCACAAAUUUUUCUUUCAAAUUAUGAUAAAAAACGAUAUUUUAUUCAAACUAAAAGUUUAUCCUUUAUUGUACGAGGUUACACUUGAGCAUAUAGAAAACCGGAUGAAAUUUAAGUUAUUCCUCGACGAAUUUUCGAACUUUUGAUCGAACACUCUUCAUCAAGUUCCGGACAAGUGUUGCAUCGCAUUUUUUGGACGCUUGAGCCCAAUUUUUUUUGAACUCCUGCAUGUCUUCUUGCAGACCCUCUUCACGAUUGCCCAGUAAGCUGAGGGCAAUUUGGUGGAUUGAUAUUUUUUCAACGAAAUGUAUACCCUUUUCCGCAAGCCAAUUUAGAGUGGUUUUGGCAUAGAGAGCCGAUGCUAAAUCCGCCUAAAACAGUGGAGGUGUACUAUGCUUCUUAUAUAAAGGCGCAAUCUCUUCUGGAGACACUCAGAUCGAUAGAUUUCUGCAUUUAAAGUUCCGGUAGUGUAAAAAAUAAUUGACUUCAAAUCACAGGAACAUAUUGCUUGCCAUACCAGUACCUUUCGACCGAAUUUCUCCACUUGAAUCGACCUGUCCGCAUCGCUCACAUCCUCCCCAAUGACGACAGGAAAGUAUUGUGAACCUGGAAUGGUUUUUGAGUCUUCCUUUACAUAAGUCUAUUCAUCCAUCAAUACGCAUGCAUCCGGGCAUCGCAAAAGACGCGAAUACAAUUUUCGAGCCCUUGUUGCUGCUCGCUUCUUCUGUUCUACACUUUGUUUCGAGAUUUUCUGCUUCUUGUAGGUCUUCAGGUGAUUUCGCCUCUCGAUACGCUGGAUCAUUCCGACACUCGUUCCUGCUUUUUUGACCAAAUCACGUAUUGAUAUAAAUUUGUUCAUCAUGAUUAGAGAUACCACUUUCUGGACCAGUUUCGGGUUGGAAGAACCGGGUUUUCUGCCUCUUCCUGGUAGCUCAUCCAAAGAAUAGUGUUCCCCAAACUUAUUAAGGAUGGCUUUAACACUGGCAUGAUGAAUUCCAAACCGCUUCGCCAAUUUUCGCAUUGUAAUACCCUUCUCAAUUAGCCAUGUGUCUAGCACCUUAAAUUCACUUCCUUUUCAAUACGCGAAAUUUUGGAAACGCAGAAUUUCAACCGCACAAACAAGUAAACAAACGAAAGCUGACAGAAAAACGCACAGCUUGCUGUGAUUUGAGCGUAAAAAAUCAUCACAAACACAUGCGUAAAACACAAAUGUAUGUGGAUAGCUUAUUUUCGAUACACUCCUUAUUGCAAGCGUUAUCAAUGCAUCCCAAAGUGUCACUGUUCGGUGUUGAUUAUGGGCCGGUGGCAUUAUAAGUGAAAUAUCGGCCGAUAUGUUGGAGUGUGGCAAAAUUGGACCUUGUGCAUGGGCCAUCUAAAGCGUAGUCGCGGUCAAUAUUUGCAUGAAAUAAUCUUCAAAUAUUCAAUUAUAUUCAUCGUUCUAUCGAUUCCGACAAAGAUUUCAUAAAUUUUCUCAAUUCUUUUGUUUUCGUUUUUGAAAAUCAAAUCCUAUACCUCUUAAAAAUCAUCAGAUAAGGAAGAGAAAUAAUUACCAAAAUGAAAUUGACGAAAGAUAUAGUAUGAGGCAAAAAUCUUUCCAACAUUCCCCUAUGUUUUUAGCUCGGAACUAAGCAAACAAGUGUGGAGUUUUGAAGAGGGGAACUUAACCAACAAAACAGCGCCUUAGGUUCGAUAUAUACAGGGUCCGGCACUCGAAGUGUAACCAAUUAAAAAGGCCAUAAAUUCAGUUUGGAAAAUUACUUUUACUUAAUUCAAAGUACAAAAUGUGUAAAAAUAAUACAAAAUUCAGAAUCAAUUCACUUUUGCUCGAUAUGACCACCUUUUGCCUUGACUUGAUGACUUGAGAGAGCGAAGAAGUUGCUUCGUUUGGCCGAAUGUGACUUGCAGGUAUUUUGGCCCACUCGCGGACAAUAACUUUUUUCAGCGCCUCGAGACUGGUGUAUCUUUUAGUUCGGACUUUGCUCUCCAAAAUGGCCCAAAGAGAAUAAUCCAUUGGAUUCGCAUCUGGUGAAUUCGAGAGCCAUUGUGUGGACGUGAUGAAGUUCGGAACGUUGUUUUUCAGCCAUUCUUGGUUCACUCGAGCUUUGUGAGACGGUGCCGAGUCCUGCUGAAACGUACAUGGUCUGCCACCGAGAUGUUUGUCUGCCCACGGCUUCAAAGCAACCUCCAGAAUACUUUCCCGAUAAUAUGUCGCAUUUACCUUGACGCCAGGCUCGAUGAAAACGAUUGGAGAGCGCCCAUCUGCGGUUACAGCGGCCCAAACCAUUAUCUGUUACGGGUGCUGCCUCCUGGUGGCCAAUCGAUGACUCAAAUUCUCGUAUGGACGGUCGGUCAAGUAAAUCCUAUCGUUUUGAGAGUUUACGAAUUGCUCAAUUGGAAAAAUUUUCUCGUCAGAAAAUACAAAUUCGGAAAUUCGGAAAAUACAAUGUUCGGAAAAUUCGGAAAAGUAAUUUUCCAAACUGAAUUUAUGGCCUUUUUAAUUGGUUACACUUCGAGUGCCGGACCCUGUACUUAAAUAGAUUUGAAAUGCCAUCUGUCAACAACAAACCGACGUUUUAAACUGGCACACGUUGUAGUCACUACUUUUUCUUUGCGUAUUAAUCCUCUUCUAAUCAACGAAUUGCAAUAAAAUCGCAUACAAUAUCUCUUCGGCCUCACAAAAAUAGUCCGAAAUUAAUACUAUACAAAACUAUCAUAUCGACGUGACCAAUUCCAAGCAAAUGCAUAGCAGACUUCGAAUAGUGACGCAGAGACGAAUAGUAAAGCUGAGAUGGAUGGGAUUACCGUUGACUACAAGCAAAGACAUCAUAUUAACAAGAUAUCCAGCUCUCGCAUUUCCCGAACAAAUCUUUGGCAACAUCCUUUUUUGCGACCAUGGCGCCCUCAGGCGAGUCCGCAUCGAAUCACGUACAUAGAAGUAGGGGAGAGAAAUGUCAAAUUCGUACGCGCCAAAAUAGCAGCACUGCGCACCCAUACAAUUGACAUGACAUGUUGAAUGAGACGCCGUGCGAUGGCGUUGCUGAACUGAAGAUUGAGAUCGCUCCAAGCUGACAGGGUCUGCUACAAGGUAAUGUGAUAACUCUACGGUUUGUUAAAUACCU